AUGUCUUCUGAAGAAGAGAAGUUCUUGGUGGAAGGACUCAACUUCAAUACUUCAGCAGCUUUGGGCCUAUUUCUGAGGUGGUCGUUGUCAAGGAUCGGGAGACUCAGCAACCCCAGGGUUUUUAUCAACCUCACCAACCCAGAACAUGCCUCAGAUGCCACGAAAGCCAAGAAUGGAGAGUGCCUGGAUGGUCAUCAGAUCCAUGUGGAGCAUGCAGGCAAGUCUGACCAGGCACCAGAGGGGAUGUCUUUGGGGCCCAUGGACGUGGUCACAGGUAGAGUUGGUGGGAACCAGGGCUAUGGGAGAGGCCAGUAUGACAGUUGA